UCAGUCCGGUCGUCAUUCGCGCGCAACCCAUUCGAGAGUCCUCCGCGCGCGUUAGUGAGUGCCCGAUGUGAGUUCGCUGAGGCUGGUUAUUAAUUCGUGAAGUGCAAAAAAUAAUAAGAUUCCAGCAUCCGCAAAUAGUGGGUGCUCUUUGCGAGGAUUAAUUAUUUUUGCCGUUGUGAAUAGUGCGCGUAAUGAUAAAAGAAGCAAUUUUAAUGGAUAAUUUUCUGGUUCGUUUCGUUUGACAUUGGAAGGCUUUCCGUUAAAUAAUUUUUGAUGGUUCGACGACCCGAGUGUUUCCUCUGACGGAACAAAGUGUUAAGAUACGGUGUGUUUGUGUGAAACAUACUUCAAAUUAAAUCAUCGUUGUCGUUUGAAAAAGAAAAAAAAAAGAUUCUAAGAGUGACACAAGUGUCACAAGUGACGUGAGUGACAAAUAAGGUGGUAACAUUUGACAGACCAAAACAUCCAAAAUUCCGCCGCUAGCGAUAAUGUCGAGUACAACGCACGAAGAGGAGGACCUGGACCAUGACCAGGAGAUCAACGUGGAUGCGGACUCGGAUUCGCACUCGCGGAUGUCAUAUAACAGCGCCGGAUCCGAGGAUAUAGACCUGGACGGGGACGGUAACGGGAGCUCGUGCUACGACGAGUCGGAUAUUGCUAGUGAUCACCAGACCCCCUCGGAACAAACCACCCGAUCCCCGAACGAGAAUCUCACCUUCAGCAUAUCGAGGCUACUGUCGAAACCCUACGGUAAGGACAAUCACAAGGAUAGAGAUCUCGGGGAGGAUGGCGACAGCCACAAGAUCGACGGCCAUCACAUAACCGCCCAGGGCCUUCAGUACGCCGCCGGAGCACUGUACAGCUAUCCGAUUUACCCACCCGGCCACGUGCUGCGAGUGCCUCCCCAGCGGGGACCCUGCAAUCCACUGACCUGGUCGCUGCCCCCACUGCAUCCUGCCGCACUGGCACACCAAGCCGUCAAGGACAGACUAGCCGCAUUUCCCAUCGCCCGCCGGAUCGGCCAUCCGUACCAGAAUCGAACGCCACCGAAGCGGAAAAAGCCCCGCACCUCCUUCACCCGCAUCCAGGUGGCUGAGCUCGAGAAACGGUUUCACAAGCAGAAGUACCUGGCGUCGGCCGAGAGGGCAGCACUGGCGCGGGGACUCAAAAUGACCGACGCCCAGGUGAAAACGUGGUUCCAGAAUCGGCGAACCAAGUGGAGACGUCAAACGGCGGAAGAGCGCGAGGCGGAACGGCAGGCGGCGAACCGGCUGAUGCUGUCCCUGCAGGCGGAGGCACUCAGCAAGGGCUUCGGACAGCCACCACAAUCGCCAGCGCCAUCUGCUAGCGCACCGGGGGCACCCCUAGCUGCCCUCCACGGACUACAACCCUGGGCCGAAGCGCACACCGCCGGCUGCUGAAACAGGACCCCGAGUUGCCCGACCGAUUCGGGCUCCGUUAUCGACCCCGGACACUCUAGACUCUAGAAUCUAGCGUUAGCAAUUUUAAUACUAAAACAAUUUCUUUGUGAUAUAUAGCCGGAGCGAGGAAAACAAAAAAUAAAACCCACGUUGUAAAUUAUUGUAAAGAGGAUACAAAGAAACGAAAAAGAAUUUAUCUUAUUGUGUAAGAUGGUACUGUUUAAUCGUAGGACAAGUGAAACAAACCCAUAGAGUUAAUGAACGUACUUAGGCAUCCGUUUUGACUCCUGACCCGGAAUCGUGUGUACAGUUGGUAAACACAUCUUUACAAUCAUCAGUAUUUUCUAAGAUAGCAACUAGUAGCACUAGCGCAGAAAAGAUAUCAGUUCAAACACGUUAGGGCAAUCAACACAAACUAUUUCUCCCUUCUCAAAUGAUAAUCGAUAUAAAAAGUUCACACAUUAAUUCGAAGUUAAUCAAUUUCGGAAAAUAUAGCCCCCACUUAAUGCACACUAAACCCCCGCGCAGACGAAACAAAAAGAGCAUAAAUUAUGUAAAUAGAUAGUGAGACAUCAAAAAGCAACAAUAAAUAAUAAAGAAAAACGUUUCAUUAAAGACAAAUGUGACCACGGGGCCCCCAAAAAAAAGGGCAACGAGUUGGAAGCGUUGGAAGCGCUGAGAAGAUCGAAAUUGUACAGAGACAGCCGCACAUCGCAGCGGUUGUCGUGUGAAAAUAUGGACUAAUAAUAAUAAAGUUGAAGAAAAAAAAAUGAAUCAGCCGAACCUCGCAAUAUU